CUCUCCACAUAUAAAAGCGUCUCCACCCUUUCUCCCACCAGCCCCAAUUUGGCAAGUGUAUAGAAUUGAGACUGCUUUGAGGUAACACUUACAUUCAAUCCUAUUCCAAUUUUUAAGUUCUCUUUCUUGUUGUUUCCCCUUUAUUUGGCAUCAUAUCUUUUUCGUUUUCUUGUUUAUUUGAGAAUCCAGGUUUUGUUUGCCUGGUUUAGUUUUGUUAGAUUUAGUAGCUCCAAAAAAAAUUGAUGGAUGAAAUUGAGAUUCCUCCUCAUUUUCUUUGUCCAAUUUCCCUUCAACUCAUGAGAGAUCCUGUUACCAUCUCAACUGGAAUAACAUACGAUCGAGAUAGUAUCGAGAAAUGGUUAUUUUCAUGCAAGAACAACACGUGCCCGGUUUCGAAACAGGCCUUGCACAAUUCAGAUCUAACCCCAAAUCACACUCUUCGUCGCUUGAUCCAAGCAUGGUGCAUUCUCAAUGCUUCCCAUGGAAUUGAAAGGAUCCCAACGCCCAAGCCUUUGGUCGACAAAACCCAGAUCUCCAAGCUCCUUAAAGAUGCGAAAAAGUUCCCUGAGAUGCAACUCAAAUGCCUUAAAAGGCUCAGAUCAAUCACGCUCGAAGGUGAAAGAAACAGAAGCUACCUGGAAGCCGCUGGUGCAGUUCAAUUCCUGGUGUCAAUGAUCAAGAGUUAUGAUUCUGCGUUACUUGAAGUCGAAAGCAACGAAGGGUCAGAACUUUUAAAAGCCAGCGAUGAGGCAUUAAGUAUUUUUUAUCAUAUCAAGGUUUCUCAAAGCUGUCUAAAGAGUAUUAUCAGCAAUGAUCAGGAAUUUGUAGAGUCUUUAGUGCAAGUCAUGAAAAAUGGUAACUACCAAUCUCGAGCAUAUGCCACGAUGCUAUUGAAGGAUGUCUUUAAAGUGGCAGAUCCAAUCCAAUUGAUGAGUGCCACACCUGAAUUCUUCGCUGAAAUGGUACGUACUUUGCGCGAUCAGAUCUCGCAGCAGGCCUCCAAGGCAUCAUUGAAGCUCCUUGUGGAGCUUUGUCCUUGGGGAAGAAACAGGAUCAAAGCCGUUGAAGGUGGUGCAGUGUUUGUCUUGAUCGAGUUUCUUCUCAAAACAUCCGAGAAGAGAGCUUGUGAACUUGCCUUGAUUUUGUUGGAUCAGCUUUGUGCUUGUGCUGAAGGGAGAGCAGAGUUGUUGAAGCACGGAGCAGGGCUAGCGAUUGUCUCAAAGAAAAUAUUCAGGGUUUCGCAUGUGGCAAGUGACAGGGCAGUGAGGAUUCUAUCCUCAAUUUGCAGGUGUUCAGCAACUUCUUGGGUUCUUCAGGAAAUGUUGCAAGUUGGUGUGGUAUCCAAGUUAUGUUUGGUGCUUCAACUUGAUAGUAGUUACAAGACCAAGGAGAGAGCAAGGGAGAUCCUCAAACUGCACUCUAGGGUUUGGAGGAACCCUUCUUGUAUUCCUUCUCAUUUGUUUUCUUCCUAUCCAUCUUCUUGAGAUUGGUGCUCUUUUUUUUUUUUCAUUUAUUAACUUUUUGUGUAGAUAGGAUUGAAACAGACAUGGGGGAAAGCGGAUCUCCAUGCAACUAAGUUUGAAUUAUACAAAUUUAAUAUAUAUAUAUAUAUAGGCAUGAAAUAUUGUCAACAAAGAGACACUUUCGAUGAGAUUUAGUUAA